UCGGUCGUGCGUCCCGAGUGACCCGAAGCUAGCAAGCCGGCCCGGCGCUGGAUAUUGGCGUUGCCGAGACACGGACCAGUUACGGUGAAACCAGGGUCAACGCGAGAGACGGAGACGCGACUUUGCGCACGGUCCCCUCGAGAGAGAGAAAGGUUAGGGCGCCACGCGGUUGAUUAUUGACGGAGUAUCGGUACUUCUUUUCGCGGCUGAAAUGUGUUCGUUUUGCGGACUCUUGUGAGCGAACUGGAGCAUGCGAACUGCUGAGGCGACAUAGCGAACAGGUGGCAGGAUGAGACUGUUCAAGAGACGCUCCUCGGACCCCAGCCCCAAGCUGGUGUCGGCCACGCCGAUCCCCCAGGACGGAGUUGCGGCCACGAGCGCAGCCAGCAACUCCGAGGAUGCCAGGCACUCGGCAGUCGAAAAGAAUUUAACGAGCGAAACGCCCGAGAACGAUGUUGCCGCGGAAACCGGGCAGCGUACCUUGGCGCAACUAUCGUCCGUUUCAGCUCGUAAAGGAAUCUCGACGUGGGGCCGAAAAGUCGGCAGGAGGUGGGACCAGCUGAAACGAUCGGACAGCUCCGAGUUGCUCUCGGUCUCCGGACGAAGUCGGCGAUGGAGUCCAAAUCGAAAGAGCUGCAGCGACGUCACGGACGAGAAGGAGAAGGGGUGCAACGUUUCCUUGUCACCGGAGUACUCCAAGCCGAAGAGGAUCUCCCGAGUGGAGUCUUUGAGGAACCUGUUUAGGAUCGGCGAGAGGAGCAGCUGCUGCGACAUGUCUUCGAAAACUGUCACCAUUCAGGAGGAAGAAACGAUUCACAAUUACGCGAUGGAGAAGGCUCUGAGCGAGGGGGCGCUGAAGAACGUUCCCUUUCGCGACUCCUCGGUCCAUCGGGUGGAUCGGGAAGCGCUGCACGAGAAGAAGAACCAGCUCAGCCGCAGCAUCCAGGAUCUGCAAGAGCAGCAGCGCGUUCUUGACUUUAUCCUAACGAAUCAGAGUAUACUUAAGACCGAAGAGGGCGAGGCCCUGGCUCGGGACACUUUGGACAAAGUUAGGCGCAGCACGAGUCCUCGUCGUCGCGCGUGUUCAAGUUCCGAGAACACGAAGAAGGACAUGCUCCUUCAACAUCGCGUCAGCUCCACGUCACUUAAGUUGAAUAAAGGCGAGACGUUUAAGCGAUGUAUCAAGUCCACUUCCGAAGUGCACCUGAACAAAGACUUGAACCUGGAGCGUUCAAUGAGUUGUACGUCGGUGGACUUAAAUAAGACCGUCAGGCCUGAGUCAACUACAAACGUCGCGUCUAUUGAGACCAAUAAGAACGAUGUUACCUUACGAGCGCAAGUUGCCGUCAAAAGAAAUCUGUUUGACUCGCACUCCUCUACCAACGAAGUCGACAAAACCGAGGAACGGAAAUCCGGGACGACGACUGGCCUAGACGACCUUAUGAGCAACUUGAAACUGGGCUGCGACGAAAGCGGUUAUGAUUCCGACAGCACUAGGACAGGAGCCGAUUCUCCCGACAGCGGAAAGUCCGUACCUCCCAUGUUAAAGCCCCGCAGUUUUUCCAUAACAUCCGAUGAUUAUCAAGGUAUCGACCUAUCCCUGCCGGUUAGCACGCCGAAAAAGAAGGGUGCCGCCCCCGGUACCAAUGACACGGAAGACUGUCACGCAGAGGAGACAGGUGUCGGUACAGGUGACGCUUUCAAUGAUUCCGUUCGCACGGAAACCACGACCCUGGCGUACGAUGACGACGAUACCGAUAGUUACGACGAAGACACGCUGGAUGUAUUCAAUGAGCCGCCUUUUGCUGGGCAUUUUGUGCAAACCUCGCCGAGAUCCUCCUCCACGUUUCCGCGAACACCAGGACCUGGCACCAACGCGAAGAAAACGUCCUCGGGGGAUUGCGCUAAUUACGUUACUACCGCGGCCGGUAUUCCACGUAAUCCGGAAAUCUAUAAUACUCCUACAAAACGACUACCGCUCCGGCUUGUGGAAUCUGUACCUCUGUCGCAGAGAGUUAAGAUACAGAAUCUGCAAAAGGACGCAAAAGUUCAGGUCCCGGUUAAGGGCCGAAAGCUUUCCAGUGGUAGCUUGUUAAACCUCCUGGACAACGCUGCUUCACCUUGUAGGGAUAGUCCCCCGGCGAGUAAAAUAUGUUCCGCUUUAGCCAUGGACGUAGUUCAAUACUACAGCCCUAAACGGUCCCGCGCGGUAAUGGAAUCGGAUAUCGGCGACGGGAUUAUCGUCAGGAAUAAGGCCAAGAGGUCCAUUCUAACAGCUCAGGCGCCUCCACCGGCUCCUCCACUGCCUCCUCCUGUUUCUGCAUCGAAGCCAUUGAUUCGACGGGAAUUGAAGACAAUGAAACUUUUCGUAGAGAAGCCUGGGACCCUGGGUAUUUCCAUGGAGAAAUGCGAAGCUGCGAGGCCGUUCUACGUUAUUUCUAAAAUAGAUCCCAACGGCGAGGCUGCAAAGUCUAAUCAAAUACGAAUUGGCGAUGAAAUAGUUCGCGUAUGUGGACGCCGGUUGCGUGGAAUGUCAGUCGCGGAAGUAAGACACGCUCUGAGAAGUUGUUUCGGAUCCGUGGAGCUUCAGAUCGCCAGGGAACCUACGUUCGUCUUUGGCGAAGAACCGGGAGACACUUGGGGAGAUACCUUGAUGCGGACAAAAAGCGACACCGAUGUCUGGACUUUGAAGGAAUCGGCUAAUGAUCGAACCUCAAUGGAAAACUUGCCUAGUUUUGAAAACGAGGACUCCGCCGCUUGCAUAAUCGUGGGGGCUUUAACUAAAGAUGGGAAGAGUGUAUCCGUCAACACCAUGAAUCAACUGGAGAAGGUACGAGAGGAUAUCGAGCCGUCCAGCGAGCAGAAAAUGACUGGGAUGAAGAAAUUCCAGAUAGUAAAGAAGAAGAAUCAAGCUACCGUCUCGCGUCCUCGAAGAGCCACGAGUCUUUCCAUGGACCUGAUCACCAUUAUGCUUGAAAAAGGAUCUACAAAAAAGUUAGGAUUUUCUAUGGUCGGAGGGGCGGACAGCAACAAAGGCAAAAUGGGGAUCUUUGUCAAAAACAUCAUGGCCACUGGUCAGGCUGCGGAAGAGGGGACAUUGAGAGUAGGAGAUGAAAUACUUUCGGUCAAUGGUAUCUCAUUAGAUGGGUUGACACAUGCCGAGGCGUUGCAGACCUUCAAAACGGCGAAGUCUGGAAAGAUGAUCCUUCACGUGGGACGCAGAGAUCCGACCCAUAAACGGUUGUUCACCCGCUAAGACUAAAGAAUUCGUAACCCUAGAUAUAUUGUUCAGUCGAAGUCGUACGACUGUUUGGACAAACUGACAGAAUGCGGGGAAGAGUGAAGAAUGUUUAAACGAAACUUGACGUAUUUAGUUUAGUUACUUGUGUACAGCGACUUUCCUCGGAGGAUUAUGUAUAUUUAUCGAAGGAGAGGGAUGUAUAUAUUGUGUUUUCGUUUUCUUUAUUUCGGUAACGAUGGAGAUUCUCGCGCCGAAUCUUCGAUGGAAGUUGUGAUAUUUAAUUAUUAAUUAUAAAGGAAACGUGAUUCUUGUGUAAUAAGUGUAAGUAAAGAUGAUUUAUUUCAAGAGUCAUGACUUGUAUGCAUACUAUGAUGGUGUUUAGCCCUUUGAAAACUGAAAAGUCUGCACAUAAUUUGCAGCGAUAUCGACCGAUCAUUUAGUUGGUGAAUUUCGGUGUCCUACUUUCGUUGACAUCUUUCUGAUUUGACGAGCUUCGACAUUUUCCGUUGCUUGCCAAAUAGAAAAUGAGCGUGUAUUUCCUGGCCGCACGACUAUAAAUCUGAAAGUAAGGAACGCUGUAGACAUUUUCAGUUUUCUUCACAAGGCUUUUGAACCGAUUCACGUCGAGGAUCCUAUCGUAUUAUUGUAAGUUGUACAGUCGGAUGAGCUUUUCCUGUUAGACAAGCGGUAAGCUAACAUUGGAACACAGCUCCGUGUUACCGUGGCUAAACCUUAACAUAUGUUUUUAUUUUGAAACAUAGACUUUGCAUAAGAGUAGCCACCGUACUAUUCGGUACUUCAAAUAGAUUAAUCUUGAUGAGUACGUAUACUCACUACUUGGAUAUACAUAAUUAGAAUUAAGACGUGCUAGUGUAGAUAAUUAUUCGUUAAGCUACCGAGACUGACCUUCGGAAUGUCUACCUGACAAAAUGCUGUGAUACGGAUUGUAGUCACAUUAGCCGAUACAUCGUACAAAUGGUACUUGUGUGCAUCCCAUGCCAGAAACUAUGUCUAAGAAUAAAGUGCAUUUUGUUAACGCGAACCUGUUUCGCCUUUCGGUAGCAUUGUCUCCACAGCACAGUUGCUAACUCGAGAAUCAAAUUGUGUUUCGUGAGAUUUCGUGAAUGUUCAUUAUAGAUAUUAUGUUUCAUCUUGUUAUUUUGUUUAAUAAAAUGCGUCUUUUUCCGGA